UCUUGAAGGUGGUACCGUCAUCCCACUAACAGGCAGCAGGCCCUGCGAGCCUCCUGUGAUCAGCUACACUUCUCUGGAGAAUGAAACAGCUGCUGAUUAGGGACUGACUUCCUCAGUCACAAGUGUGUCACAAGUGUGUCAGCUCAGAGGAGGGGCCAGCCAGAGGAUAGUUGGGAGGCAGAGCUGCCCCUAAGUGAGCCAUGGAGAGGUUCUGCUCCCUCAUCCAUCUCUCCCUCUUCUGGGCAGGAGCCAUGUCAGCCAUUGAGUUGGUGCCUGAACACCAAACAGUGACUGUGUCACUGGGGGACCCUGCUACCCUCAGGUGCUCCAUGAAAGGGGAAGCGAUCACUAACUAUUACAUCAGCUGGUACAGGAAGACCCAAGGUAACACAAUGACUUUCAUAUACCGAGAAAAGAACAUCUAUGGCCCCGGUUUCAAGGAUGGUUUCCAAGGUGAAAUUGAUCCUGAAAAGGACCAGGCUGUACUUGAGAUUCUUGCAGCAUCAGAGAGAGAUGAAGGGUCUUACUACUGUGCCAGUGACUACCACCCUGCUGCAGCUCUACUUCUCAGCACCUCAAAAACCCCUCAAGUGCUGUGGCACACAGAUAAACUCAUCUUUGGAAAAGGAACCCGUGUGACUGUGGAACCAAAAAUUCAACCUCCUACCAAACCAUCUGUUUUCGUCAUGAAAAAUGGAAAAAAUGUUGCUUGUCUGGUGAAGGACUUCUACCCCAGGGAUAUAAGUAUAAAUCUCAAGUCAUCCAAGAAGAUAACAGAGUUUGAUCCUGCUAUUGUCGUCUCUCCCAGUGGGAAGUACAAUGCUGUCAAGCUUGGUCAAUAUGAAGAUUCAAAUUCAGUGACAUGUUCAGUUCAACACAACAAUACCAUUGUGCACUCCACUGACUUUGAAUUGAGGGCAAAUUCUUCAGAUAACCUAACAUCAAUGCAAACUGAAAACACAAAGCAAUCUUCAAAGAGCUGCCACGAACCCAAAGUUCAUGCCGAGAAGGUGAACAUGAUGUCCCUCACAGUGCUGGGGCUACGAAUGCUGUUGGCAAAGAGUGUCGCCAUCAAUUUUCUCUUGACUGCCAAGUUAUUUUUCUUCUGAGGGAGAAAACUGAAGAUAAAUAAGGAGAAUUCAUCUUCUUUAACUACUAUUUUGUUCAUUGACCAAGAGGCCAUGUGUUAUUUGCAAGGCCAUAAGUAAAGCUUCACUUGAAGAAUAUCCAGAGGAAGCAGAACCUAUCUUUGUCCUGAUAAAGGGAAGGCCAGCUCACACUCCUUAAUCAUGGGACCAGCCUGUCUAUGUGUGGAUCAGCCUGUCUUUGGAAUGAACCUACACACCGCAUCAGUAGUGAACAGCUCUCACUAUUAGCUACUCAGGAUGCAUACAUAGUUAGGUCUGAGAUGUCAAUUAUGUGCCUGUUACUUGCAUUGCCUGUUCAGGUAAUCUCAUACAGGCCCUGGGCUUGCGUGUGAGGCUCCCCACCCUCACUCCUUCUCCAAUACCCGCAAAUGCUCAUCAAUCCCAGCUCCUGUUCCAGGAACAACCCUUGACUUAGAGUACUUGACUGAUCUGACCCAGACAGUAAAGAUACCCAGUCAUGGCCAAAUGGGUGUCCAGAUCACCUAUUAUUUUACUAACAGUCCCAGGGACACAGGCAGUGUGGCUGGAUAAAAAGAGCGCUACACUAAGAGUCAGAAGAUUUGGGUUUUGUCCUGAUGUUGACACUAACUCACUAUGUUACCUUAGGCAGGUUGGUUCAUCUCUCUGGGCCUGGGUUUUCUGCAUCUGUAAAACAAACGAGUGUUAGAAAUAACCAAAGGAAAACAAAAGAGUUUCAUGACUUAUGCCAACACUGAUAGCUGAACUAGCUGAGCUAUUGCCAUGUGCAGAUGGAAAAUGAGCCACAAUAGAUUGGUGAUGCCUGCAAUGGUGCAGCAUAACAAGUCCUGGCCACCCCCAGACUGCAUGACACCUGUGAUUCCUUCUAGCAUUGACAGCCUAUUCUAUAACAACUUUCUUCACCUGUAGGCUGACUGGCAUGAGGAAGCCACACUCCUAAAGAAACCAAAGGCUUACCAAAAUGCGUCUCCUCAGCUUCUGACUUCUUGGUGAUUCAAGUUGACCUGUCACAGCCUUGUUAAAAUGGCUGCUAGCCAAACCAAUUUUUCUUCUAAGGCCACAAACCCAGCUUAUCCUCCAGCUUGGUGGGAAGUUAAAAGUCCUGGGGAAGGGGGGUUUAUGUCCUAACUGCUUUAUAUGCUGUUUUGUAAAGGGAUGGAAGGAUAUAAAAAGAUAUAGGACUCGUUUUUUCACUCCUACAACCAAUACACUUUGAAAAUGAUGUUUCGUUCCAUUUGACUUUUACCUUUGAAGUAGAAAGUAAGCGCCAAUAGGUUCACAGCUCCAUGCCUCAUGAGGAAAAUAGGCCUGGGAGAAGAAGAGCAGAUGCCCUUUUAUCUAAACACGGAAGGCUCUGCUCAACAGAGCACUAGAUUUGCUACUAGAUUUGCUUCUUCCUCCUGUCCUCAUGGCUUGUCCCACCCUCUGUGUUCACUAGGAGCCACACUAGAGAUUCUACAAGGCGUGGAGGAGGACAAAAUUUCUGCACUUUCUGCAUCUCAUAGUACUUUACAAAUGAGAUUACAUUUGAAUUCACAAAUAUUUUAUGAGCAGGCAAUGGGGUUCCCAAAAUCUCAUCUAAAUAUUCUCCAAUCUAUUAGCAAUGAUCAGAGGAAAGACGCUGCUUUCUGUUAAUUGAUUUAACAUGCAUAAAUCAGAUCCCCCUGAGUUCCAGGCACUGUACUGAGAGUACAAAGAAGACACAAGCCCAGCUUUCAGGCAAGUCACUGUGCAAGUGUUUUUGGAGGGAGGAAUAGAAAUGAGACCCCUAUCUUUCCCUAUAAGAACAGCAUUUGUACUGUCUUUUGCCUGCCAAUCUGUGUUUGAAACAAUUGGACACUGAUUCUCUGACCUGGGACUUUGGUAUUGACGGUCUUCUGCCUUUCUUCUCAGCCCCUGCCUCGGUUGCAUUUAUUAAACUGCGUUGUGUGCACCUUG